AGAGGGGGAGGAGAGAUGGCCUCAAGGAGAAGUGGUUUCGUUUUCCGGUUGGUCCCAGCCCUCCCAACCCCCUCUCUCUGUGAGGCAGUGGUUUGUUCCAGCUCGCUCUGGGCUCUGUUGUUGUGCAGAGCUGCAGAAGGCCUGCUAGAGCCAGCUACUGCUGUUACAGAUAGACAGAGAGAGAGAGACAGAGAGAGAGACAGAGAGAGAGAGAGAGAGAGAGAGAGACAGAGAGAGAGAAACACACAGAGAGAGACAGAGAGAGAGAGACACACAGAGAGAGAGACACAGAGAGAGAGAGACACUAAGAGACCGAGAGAGACAGAGACAAGGAGGAGGAGAGAGACAGACACACCGGAUUGAGACUGGGAGCUUGUGUGUUCAUUUCAUCACCCAUUUAAGAACCAACCAAGGAAGACAGAGGACGGCAGGAAGGAGAUUGAAAAAACGUCAGCCUCUGAAAAAGCGAAAGUGAGAGAGGAAGGAAGGAAGGGAGGAAGGAAGGAAGCGGGGUCUGAGGAGGGGUGUCUGACAUCGCUCGUCUCGCUUGACAGGCAGCAAGAUUUCUGCUUAGCCAGCCCACAUCUGCUUUUUUUUCCUUCUCCUCUUUCUUGGAGCGUUGUCCUCCAUCCUUUCUUCUCCUCUGAGCAAGAGGGAAAGAGAGAGAGGAGGAGGAGGAGGGGAGGCAGCCCUCCCUCCCCCUUACACAGAUACACAGCACAGAACGAAAGGAGAGAGGACGAAGCAGAGGAAACAGAGAGCCCGUUUUGUCGUUCCUUCCGUCUCUGUCGUCCCUCGGCGAGCGAGCGGCUAACAGGCACCGCUCAUGUCCGUGAACUCUGAGAAAUCCUCGUCCCCCGAAAGGCCUGAGACCCAGCAAAAAGCCCCAGUGUCUGCCCCCCCUCUCCCGCCGCCACCUCCACCCCCUCCUGAGCCGGCUGUCCCCCCAGAGCCAGAGGAGGAGAUCCUAGGCUCUGACGAUGAGGAGCAGGAGGACCCCGCAGACUACUGCAAAGGUGGAUACCAUCCGGUGAAGAUAGGGGACUUGUUCAACGGGAGGUACCACGUAAUACGCAAGCUGGGCUGGGGUCACUUCUCCACCGUGUGGUUGUGCUGGGACAUCCAGGUGAAGAACUUUGUGGCGAUGAAGGUGGUGAAGAGUGCUCAGCAUUACACAGAGACAGCCCUAGAUGAGAUCAAACUGCUCAGAUGUGUGAGAGAGAGUGACCCCUCUGACCAAAACAAAGAAAUGGUGGUUCAGCUGAUAGACGACUUCAAGAUCUCUGGAAUCAACGGAAUACAUGUGUGUAUGGUGUUUGAGGUUCUGGGGCACCAUCUUCUAAAAUGGAUCAUCAAGUCCAACUACCAGGGCCUUCCUCUACCCUGUGUCAAGAGUAUUAUCAAACAGGUUCUGCAGGGCUUGGACUACCUCCACAGCAAGUGUAAGAUUGUCCACACGGACAUCAAGCCGGAGAACAUCCUGAUGUGUGUGGACGAUGCGUUUGUCCGCCGCAUGGCCGUGGAGGCCACAGAGUGGCAGAAGGCCGGGGCACCCCCGCCCUCUGGAUCAGCAGUCAGCACAGCACCACAGGUCAAAUCGGUGGGGAAGAUCUCGAAGAACAAGAAGAAGAAGCUGAAGAAGAAGCAGAAACGUCAGACCGAGCUGUUGGAGAGACGCAUGCUGGAGAUCGAGGCCCUGGAGAAAGAGGCUGAUAAACAGAGGGCCACAGAGGGCCCCGAAGGUGAAGGGUUGCCCCACUCCCCAAAACACACACCCCGCAACGCGGCACUGGGACCCGCCGUCGCACUGGGUGAGAGCGAUGACGACGAUGAUGACGAUGAAGAGGAUGGAGACGAGGAGGAGGAAGGAGAGGCGGAGAGGGAGAGGCCCACCAGGCUAACCAAUCACACCUGUGCUGCCCUGCCCCAGGAGCAGUCAGAGGUUCCCCCGACGCCAGAGGCAGCAGCAGAGCCGGAGGGGGAGCCCACCCCCAGCCCUGCUCCAGAGACAGAGACACAGACCCCCAUACCCACCCCCACCACACCUGGGGAUGGCAACACAGCCAAUCCAGAGAGCGAGGCGGAGGAGGAGGACGAGAAGGAGGAUUGGAAAGAGGCCGUAAAGGAAGAGGAGGAAGAGGAUGGGGAAGAUGACGAAGAGGAUGAAGAGGACUUGGUUACAGCUCCGUCCGAGCCACCGCCGGCGGUAGAGAAAGAGGAGAAGGAGAGGAGGACAGAGGAGGAGGAGAAGAGUGAGGAGACCAAGGAGCAGGAAACGGACAAAGAGGAAGAGGACGAUGACGAUGAUGAUGACGAUGAUGAUGAUGAAGAAGACGAUGACGCCGAUGAAACAGAGACGGGCGCUAACGACCUCAGCGACUCCAUCUCCACCGCCACGGGCCAGAACAACAACACCCCCAAAACCAACGGCCACAUCCUACUGGGGGGUGAGGAGAGGGAGAGGGAGAGAGGUCCCAGAGCCAACCAUCCAGUCCCUACCUCCUCCCCCAUCCAUCUGCACUGCCCCCUGGUGGAGUCAGAGUUCAGCUGCACGGACAGGGACCAAAGCUCCCUCAGCUCCUUCUAUGAGCUCUUCAACGGCGAGGUGGUUACGCCAGGCCUGACCAACGGGGCGCAGCGCCACAGGGGCACGGCGCCACGCUUCCCCGAGUUGCCGCUGGACCCCGACCCGGGAAUCCCCGUCACAGUGGGCGGAGCUGGUCACACAGGGGGUGCGACCUCCCCUCACAGCCCCACUGCAGACCGCAGCCGUACUGUGUCGUUGUCUAGCACCGGGGACAUGCCUAAAGAUGAUGUGGUUCUAGCCAAGGCCAAAGCAGCAGACCUGCUGGUUAACCCCCUGGACCCCCGCAACGCUGACACACUCCGAGUCAAGAUAGCUGACCUGGGCAACGCCUGCUGGGUGCACAAGCACUUCACAGAGGACAUCCAGACCAGACAGUACCGCUCCAUAGAGGUCCUGAUAGGAGCUGGCUACAGCACUCCUGCUGACAUUUGGAGCACCGCCUGCAUGGCGUUUGAGCUGGCUACAGGAGACUACCUGUUUGAGCCCCACUCUGGGGAGGACUACUCCCGGGAUGAGGACCAUAUAGCCCACAUCAUUGAGCUGCUGGGCGUUAUUCCACGGCACUUUGCGCUCUCCGGAAAAUAUUCCCGGGAGUUCUUCAACCGAAGAGAUCACAUCGCUCUGAUCACGGAGCUUCUGGGGAAGGUUCCACGCAAAGUGGUCGCCGCCGGGAAGUACAGCCGAGAGUUUUUCUCCAAGAAAGGUGAGCUGAGGCACAUCACCAAGCUGAAGCCCUGGUCCCUGUUUGAUGUGUUGGUGGAGAAGUACGGCUGGGCCCCUGAGGACGCCGGCCACUUCACCCACUUCCUGCUGCCCAUGCUGGAGAUGGUCCCCGAAAAGAGGGCCUCGGCUGGGGACUGCCUCAGCCACCCCUGGCUCAACUCGUAGCGACACCAGCCCCCCCCUAGUGGCAGCCUCCACACACUGCUCAAAGCUAGGCACUCAAGACUGGAGCGAGAGGGAGAGGAGGGAGGAGGAGAGGGAAAUGGGAGACUUUCUCGGGUCCUGCCCUGCCUCGCCCUGAGCCCUCCACACACACACACACACACACACACACACACACACACACACACACACACACACACACACACACACACACACACACACACACACACACACACACACACACACACACACACACACACACACACACACACACAUGCAAAACAAACACCCACAGAGCCUCAGCAGGUAGAAACCACAAGGCUGUCAUAGACCAGAUAGAGAAAAGCUGCUCCUCUGCGGUCAUCCCCAUAAGUCCCAUACAACCCCUCACAGGAGGAAUAGAGCGGCCCAGGAAUGGAGUUGAACGGCGUCAAACUUCCACGAUUCUAGACAGGUAGGACAGAGAUCCCUGCACAACAUUGGGAGCAGCCAUGGUCAGGACUGUGUCUUCCAAGACAUAUCCUACUUAGAAAGACCAUGCAGUCUGAACAGAAACUAACCCGCUCAUAUGAAUAGGUUCUCUGCAAUGUCCUGAGCAGUCUUAUCCUGAACCUAGACCUGUCCUCCACCCUGGGUUUCCUAUUGGAAGUCAAUUAGCACCUCUAUCAGAAUGCUGACUGUGUGAUAGCUCCAUCUGCCUGACCUUACAACAGCACGGCCUAAACCUGCUGAGGCAGAAGUGUGUGUAUGUGUGUGUGUGUCAUUAGUCUGGGUCUGCACUGCACAAUCUGUAGGUGUGCAUGUACGUCCCUCUCCUACAAAGGCGCAACAAGACUUCCAGAUUAGGAGUCGGCCCUUCACCCUACUCCUCCUCUCAUCCCUCUCCAGCCACUGCCCCCUCCCUCACUCUGUAGGAGUACUGUGCCCCCCCCCCUUCCCUGUCCAGGACUGAAGCAGUGUUGUUGAACUGUUUACAUCCCCCCCAAAGCCCCAGUCCCCUGCCCUGUUCAGCCACCCAGCCAACAACACAGCUCCAGUCCCAUCCCCGGCCACCAGGGUGCCCCAGAACUGAACUGCUACCACACAGACAGACAUACAGGCAGACAGGGCAUGGAACAAACAAAGAUCCUAAAGACUGAUGCUCGAUGAACCGGACUGCUUGAUCUGUAAAGAGUUUAACUGUCGUGAAAAGGAGUGAAGUGUACGGAGAGGCUGAUUGACAGGAAGGGAUGUUGAUGGUAAUGAUGGACGAGUUGUACAUUUCAUUGGUUUGUUGUUUUAGUUUUCUUCCUGUCUUUUUAUUUCAAAAGCGAAAGGAGUCACUUGCGUUUACCUUUUUGGUGCCCUGUGUGAGGUUAUCCAAGUUCCCUUGUUUCCUUUUUCGAAUCCUUCCUCCCUUUGACAUUCCUGAUUCAGUCACACCAUUCCUGACCUCUUUUCGUCUUUAUCCUUAAAACAAGAACAAUCCUUAUGAGUCCAUGUGGCGUGGCACGUUUACCAGAUAUGAUUAUUCCCCCUUGUAACCUACAGAGGAAACCCUCAAACUUGAUCCUGAGCUUCUCCAGAAGGGGUUAGUCAAAUGGAGGUUGCACUUGUCUUUGUAGAUGUUGUUCAGGGAUAUAUCUUUGUACAUAACUCUGAGAUCCGGCUCUGGAGAUAAGACCGACGUACAGAAUUGGAAAAAAAACACAUGCAUCAUUCCUAAAAGAGGCUGUCACAUGGACAUGGAUCUGUCCUCCAGAGCAGACAGUGGCGAGAGGCUGAGCCAUUCUGGAGGCCACCAGAAUAUCGAACUGUGCCACUCUGUGGCUGAUGAGGGUACUGUGUUCCUGCACACUGCAGCGCCUCUCAGUGCCAAUGCUCCUACGUUCCACUCCACUUCUCUCUCUCACACUCAUCACAAUUAGUCCAGUUGCCUAUUUUUCGCAAUAAAAUAAAAAUGAGUAUAAGUAAAUGGUGAGAUAUUUUUUAAAAUAUUUAAUUAAUUUAAAGAAGAAAAAAAAAGAUACAAAAAUUAUCUGGUUGUUGUGAAAGUGACCGAAUCUCGUCCUAUUGAGGUGAUUGUGUUUGUCUGUUUUAGAGAUGUUAUUUCUUUUGUAAUUAUUAUUGUUAUAUUAUUAUUACUGUAAUUAAUCUGAUUCGUUAUUUUUUACUCAGUUGUCACCUCUUCCUUCCCUCUUACAUGAACAGGGCUGCUCUGUUUGGACUUGUGACGGUGAUGAAAUUUAUCAAACAUUUUUGCAAUAAUAGUAAAUUAUUAUUUUUUUGCACCAAAAGCUCCUGAUCUCACUCUCAGCCAUGCUGACUGUUCUUCCUGACAUCGACAGAAUCGUGUCUCUUUUCUGUGUUUUUCAUUGACAGAUUUAAUAAAAUUGUAAAUUAA